AUGAUGACGAACAACAGUCAACAACAUUCAAAUAGUGAGAUACAUUCAUGGAAUAAUAAUAACAACAACAACCAGUGGCUAUCAUCAACACCGUUAGGAGGACAUAGAAAGCAAUUGGAUUCCACACUGAAUAAUUCUGAUAGUGGAUUUCUCAGUGGUAACAAUAGUCAUUCAUCAGGUUCAAUAGAUAAUCGAAGAAAUCAGUUUGAUAUUGUCAGCGAUGAGUAUAGUCGAUUGAUGGGAUCUACUAGACCUUUGAAUACACCGAAUGUUGUUCACUCUCUGACUGAUUUACUCAUGAAUUCAACGUCACCACCGUUUCAAAAAUUAGAAGAACAACAACGCUUUUCGGCCUUUGGUGUUCCUGUAAAGACUACGAGAGACUCUUUAAGCAGCAAUCCCACAUCGAAUUAUUUUCAUCGACAACAUGACACAAUGAUUUUCAAUCGCACCAAACCACCACUAACAACAACAACUCCUACUAAUUUCGUUUCUUGUAAUUCUAGUCAUGACACCGUAAAGCCAACAACAUCGCCACCGAUAUGGAGACCAUAUUUAGAUUGA